ACAUCCCUACUAACAACUUUGAAACGACGACAAUCUUAACCAAAAUUGAACCUUCAACCCUCCUACGGUUCCCUUUUUCCUAAACCCUAUUUCACUACCUCCCAGACGCUGUACUCCACCUCGCCACCCCUCUGCCCGCGGCCGCCGCCGUACACUACACUCUCUGCUUCCCCAGUCCAGCCUUUCCACAAACUUACCGCUGCACCCUCCCUUUCGCACUCUCUCGUCUCUCCCAGCAAUCAAAGUUACCAUCUUUCUUAGAAACACAGUGAUUCAGCCCCUAACCCGAACUGACCUGUACCUUUCGGGCGAAAAUUGCAACGUUCUGUUCGCCAAUGGAGUUUGUGACCCCCGAAGGACUUCGCCUAGACGGUCGCCGUCCCAGGGAGCUGAGGGAAAUGCGAGCGGAAAUUGGGGCUGUUUCUAAAGCAAAUGGGUCUGCUCUUUUUGAGAUGGGUAACACCAAAGUUCUUGCUGCUGUAUAUGGUCCAAGAGAGGUCCAGAAUAGGAGUCAACAAAUGAGCAACCAAGCACUGGUGCGUUGUGAGUACACCAUGGCUAAUUUCAGUACUGGAGAUCGCAUGAGAAAGCCCAAGGGAGACAGGCGAUCCACAGAGAUAUCUUUAGUUAUUCGCCAGACAAUGGAGGAAUGCAUUCUAACACAUUUAAUGCCUCGGUCUCAGAUAGAUAUUUUUGUCCAAGUUCUUCAAGCAGAUGGAGGUACCAGAUCAGCUUGCAUAAAUGCUGCAACUUUGGCGCUUGCUGAUGCUGGAAUUCCAAUGCGUGAUAUUGUUACUUCCUGCAGUGCUGGAUACCUUAAUAGCAAUGCUUUGCUCGAUUUGAAUUAUGUAGAGGAUAGUGCUGGUGGCCCUGACGUCACUGUAGGCUUUCUACCUAAGUUGGAUAAAGUUACUCUUCUACAGAUGGAUGCUAAAUUACCUAUUGAUGUAUUUGAGGAUGUGAUGGAACUUGCAAUUGAGGGCUGCAAAGCCAUAGCUACUUACAUUCGAAAAGUAAUGUUGGAUCAUACGAAGCAACUCGAAUAUCAUCGCGAUGGAUAGCCAAAAACUGUUUUGAGCACUCUUACCCAUAGGAAAGAGAUUUCAAUUGUUUUAAGGGAUAAUGAAGUUAUUGAUGCCUCUUUUUCUCAUCUCUCAGUUGUGAAUUAAUCUCUCUUACCCUAAUCAAUGUACAGAAUGUGUUUUUCUCUUUC